GUCCCGCCCAGGGCUGCCGACGGAUGGGCAGAGGUAGGGGCAGGGGCGGGCGCUGCGGGGACGGGCAGAGCCCCUCUUCGGCGAGGCGGCUGCCUGCACUUGGCCGCGAAGCCCCAGGGAGGAGGAGGAGGAAGAGCCGGGAUGGAGGAGAGGGAGGCUCUCGCGCGAGGAGCUGCCUCGCCUUCGGCGCGCGAGGGGGUUGCGCCUUAGCCCUGAGCUACCUUCGCCCCAGGCAGCCGCUCCUAGUCAGAAAGUACCAGAUUGGAAAAGAGUAGAUGUCAGAGGGAAUUUGUUUAAUUGGGUAGUGGCUGACAGAAUCCCAGAGAAAAGAGUGGCCAGAGAUCCUUUGCGGGCCAUGCUGUUCUUCAGCAAUGGCAGGAUUUGGUGACGGAUGGAUUCAGCGAUGGUAGCCCCUGGCAUGUCUGAAGAGUACCCCGAUGGCUUGCCUGGAACUUCUGCACCUCGCCAAGGAGGGCAAGCAGUCAGACCGGAACUGGAGUUUGCACGCUCUCCCAUGCCAAGAGCAGCCCGGGGAAGACGAGGAGAGGACUAGGACAUUAGCCAUGGCUGCUGAGUGUUCUAUGAGACAUGGCAAAGCUGCAGAAAAGACAACCACAGCUGGUCAGGACCCUGUUUCCUUCACUUCCCCAUCGCCUCUGUCCCAGGAACACUUUGCAGCAGAGGAUACCAUCUGCUAUCCCAGCCACUCCAAAGGACAGGAGGCAGCCCAAAAGAGAGCCUGCUGCUGCGAAUCAGAGACCUCCUUCACACAUGUGGACGAAAACGUCAACAAUCUAGCGCUUGGGAGGAGUCUUGCUGACAAGAGCUGUUGCCAAGGCCAGGAUCUCCUCCCCUACCCUGAUCCAUGUGGGGAGAUGCCCCUGGAAUGGCCCCAUGAUCCCCCUUCAUUAGUGUCUGAGGAAGAGGAUGACACCAGCUCGGAGGCUGCCGGCGGGAAGUCUGUAGAUUACGGCUUCAUCAGUGCCAUCUUGUUUCUAGUCAGUGGGAUUUUGUUGGUGAUUAUUUCCUACGUGGUUCCUCGAGAUGUGAUGGUGGACCCCAGCACGGUGGCAGCCAGGGAGAUGGAGCGGCUGGAGAAUGAGAGUGCCAAGAUUGGGGCGCACCUGGAUAGGUGUGUGAUCGCCGGGCUCUGCCUUUUAACCCUGGGCGGCGUGGUGUUGUCCAGUUUGCUCAUGAUGUCAAUGUGGAAAGGAGAGCUGUACCGAAGGAACAGGUUUGCCUCCUCCAAGGAAUCGGCCAGGCUGUACGGCUCCAUGAAUUUCCGAAUGAAAUCUGCCGCCAAUGAUAAUAUGGAGUUAUCCUUAGUCGAGGAGGACACUCUCGCCAUAGACAGUUAGGGGAGCCAUGAUGCUAAGGCAAGAUGGAAUGAGGGAAAUAAUGUUCAAAGCAGGUGAUGCUUAAGGUGGCUCACAGCACCGAGCGAGAAACAUUUGUUGCCUAACCUGAAAUGGAGUAUUGUAUUAUAUAGGCACGUAUUCUUGGGUGAAACAAUGGCAGGGAAUAAAUAUACUGAUUUUCUGGUUGGAAUUCAGAUUGACAAAAAAGGGCUGAAAUCCUAAACAUGUUGGGAAGUAGAUUCCAUUGGUAUCUGCGAGGCUUAGGGCUGGUUCAUGGUGGCACAAUUGUUACUUGAUGAUCAUGUAACAGCUGCGUGACUUGCACAUGUGAAUGAGCCAUCAGGGAGACAGCAUGAGAGAGCAAACAUCCUUGCAGUGUUUCACAUGCGGUCAUUUUCAGUUGGGUGGGCUCCAGCCUUAAGAUGCGAGGCACCAAGUCCUGAAGGGGCAGAGAUGGUCAAGUGAUGUAUGUUCAUGUGUGAAUAAGACUUCGGUGAGCGAAGUUGCCUUUUGCAUGACUCAUUCGGACAUGCCAGUUGUCACUCGAUGCCGCACUCUCAUGGCAUCAUAGCUGGCAGCCAGCUGUGGCAAAGUGGUACAAAAACUCUGUCUUUGGUGUCACAUACCUGAUGGCUCCUUCACAAACCCCGGUGAUAAAUAUUCAUGUGUGAAUCGGUGUCCUUGCUUCCAAGUCCAGGCGUUUAGGAUUCCAGUCCGCCACUGGGUUUCUGCAUUUGAAACGGAAAUGUAUGACAAUUGGGGCAUUUAGAAUAUUAAUUGCCAGCUGUCCCUCCGGUGGAAAAUCCCAGGAAGCCUUUCAAAGCUGCGGAUGUCCCACUGUCGUCAGGCAGCUGGACUGCAAACAUUUUAUUUUUAUUACAGAUAUAACCAAAGUUUGUGAGUAAUACCAGAUCUUGCAGAGUUUCUCGUGGAGUGCUAAAAUAUUGCCUGUGGCUUUUUUUUUUUUUUGCCUAGUUCAUUUCUUCCCCCUCCCUUUCCACCCACUCUUCAUAUAAAGCAUUAAUACUGCCGCUGUAAAAACUGUAUCAGCCCACGUGCAAGGUUAGUAACUGCUAAUGUGGUAAUAUGCAAAGUGGGGGGGGGGCAAUAAUCAGUUAUCAAGGCUGCUGUUUGGUAUUUGCAGGGAGCCUUCUGUUUGAACCAGAGGGUUUUCAGAUUGGCCAGCAAGGAAUGUUAUUGGACUCGAUGCCCUAGUCUGUCUAUGCUCAGUGUUCCCUUUGGAGGCCCCCAAAGGAUGGAGGCAUUGAUUAAACUUCUGUCCUUCCCUGUCCUUAAAGCCUCAAGGCAGACCAAGAAAUCUGAGAGUAUAGAACCUGUUUCGGGUUGUUGUUUUUUUUUUUUAAGGACAGCUUAAAAAUAAUGUAAAAAUCC